GGUGUGGGGAGCGGGGGUGAGCGAUUGAAGGGCGAGCUGAGUCGAGCCGCGUCGAACUUAACCGAACUGUGCCGAGCCUAUCCGAGCUGAGCCGAGCCACCUACUCAGUGCGCAGAACGGCAGCAGCGCGCUGGAUGCAGCGGUUCGUUUGUGCGCGUCUCCGGCGAAGUGGGAAGUGGAUGUGCAUGCUUUUCAGUUUCAUUUUCAGUCGGGGCGCUUCACACUCGGCAGCUCUCAUGGUUUUAUGAAGUGACCGGCUGCCCACCAGAGGGAUUGGCGCUUUUUCUGCAGCACCGCGAGUGACUUUAAUGGGCUCCGGAACCAUGGAGCACUGGCGACAGUGUGCGCACUGGCUGAUCGGCUGCAACGUGCUGCCACCCAACCACCGGGUGACAUGGGAGUCGGCGCAGGUCUUUGACCUGGCGCAGACCCUGCGGGACGGAGUGCUGCUGUGCCAGCUGCUCAACAACCUGCGGGCACAGAGCAUCAACCUGAAGGAGAUCAACCUGCGGCCGCAGAUGUCACAGUUCCUCUGCUUGAAGAACAUCAGGACGUUCCUGGCCGCCUGUACAGAUGUCUUCGGCAUGAAGAAGAGCGAGCUGUUCGAGGCCUUUGACCUGUUCGACGUGCGCGAUUUCGGCAAGGUCAUGGACACCCUGUCGAGAUUGUCACAUACGGCGAUUGCACAACAAAUGGGAAUAAGACCGUUCCCUACCGAGGACAGCAUGGAUGACGACGACAUCUACAGUCACCUGGAGGAUUUGAUAGAUGAGAAUGGAGUCGAGGAUGAGGAGGACCUGUAUGACUACGUGUAUGACGAUGACGAAGGUGGGGAAGUCUACGAGGACCUGAUGAAGGCUGAGGCAGUCCCCCCACCGAAACAGGCUGAGACUGACAUCCGAGGCUGCUGCCUUACCGAGAUCAAACAGACAGAGGAGAAGUACACAGAGACCCUGGAGUCCAUAGAGAAGUUCUUCAUGACACCUCUCAGGAAGUUCCUGUCCACGGGGGAAGUAGAAAAAGUGUUUGUCAACAUCCCAGACCUGGUCAAAGUUCACAAAUGUCUAAUGGUUGAAGUGCAGGACUCCGUUGUCAACAAGAAUGCCCAAAACUUGUAUCAGAUCUUUGUGGCCUACAAAGAGAGGCUUCUUAUAUACGGAAAGUACUGCAGUCAUGUAGAACCGGCCAUUGCGACUUUAGAUAAUAUCAGCAAAGACAGGGAGGAUGUCAGAUUGAAACUUGAGGAGUGUUCGAAAAGAGCCAACAGUGGGAAGUUUACGUUAAGGGAUCUGCUGGUGGUGCCCAUGCAGAGAGUAUUAAAAUAUCACCUGCUUCUGCAGGAACUGGUUAAACACACGCAUGACCCCACGGAGAAGGGGAAUCUCCGCACCGCCCUAGAUGCCAUGAAGGACCUGGCUCAGUAUGUCAACGAAGUGAAGAGAGACAAUGAGACCCUGCGGGAGAUUGACCAGUAUCAGAGAUCCAUCGAGAACCUGAAUCAGUCCCUCCGGAACUACGGGCGACCCAAAGGCGAUGGGGAGGUGCGCGUGCUGUCCGUGGACAAGCGGGCCAAGCAGGACAGACACAUCUUCCUCUUUGACAUGGCCGUGAUUGUCUGCAAACGGCGAGGGGACAACUACGAGAUGAAGGAGGUGAUCGACCUCCACAGUUUCAAAAUUAGCAACCCAGCGAUGGAUAAAGAGAACAAAAAGUGGUCGUACGGAUUCUACCUCACCCACCUGCAUGGGCAGAAUGGUUUCGAGUUCUUCUUCAAGACCAAAGAGAUGAAGAAGAAGUGGCUGGAGCAGUUCAGCAUGGCCAUAUCCAACAUCCAUCCUGAGAAUGGGAACAGCAACCUGCACGAGUUCAGAAUGCACACCUUUGACAGGAUCACCUACUGUGGCUCCUGCAGGAUGCUGCUGAGGGGCAUCUUCAACCAGGGCUACCGGUGUGCCAAGUGUGGGGUCGGCGCUCACAAAGAGUGCCUGGGGAGGCUGGAGACGUGCGGGAAUGCUAACACUGCUCAAGACGCCGGGACACAGAGACACCAGAAAAGAACAGACCAUCGAAGACAGCAAGAUUCAGGUCUGCCUAAGAUGCUGGUGAUCCGGGCGUACCACGGGGUCCCGAGCCCAUCCUGCGGGCCCCCGCUGAGCAUCGAGCCUGGGGAGGUCGUGGAACUGAUGGGCGCGGAUCCCCACAGCGCAUGGUGGCAGGGCAAAAUCCUGUCGACACGAGAAGUUGGGUUCUUUCCAAGCGACGCUGUCAAGCCGUGUCCGUGUGUCCCGAAGCCAGUGGAUUACUCCUCCCAGCCCUGGUUCGCCGGGCCCAUGGAGAGGCCGCAGGCGGAGGCAGAGCUCGGGAACCGUGGCAACAGCACCUACCUCGUGAGGCACCGGACGAAGGAGAGCACGGAAUACGCCAUCAGCAUCAAGUACAACCACGACGUGAAGCACAUCAAGAUCCUGGCCAGGGACGGCUUCUUCCAUAUCGCCGAGAACAAGAAAUUCAGGAGCAUACUGGAACUCAUCGAGUACUACAAACACCACUCCCUGAAGGAGGGUUUCAGGAGUCUGGACACGGUGUUGCUGUAUCCCUACAAGAAUCCGGAGAGUGGUGCCACCCACAGAUCCGGCCGCGCCGGAAUGAAUGGUGAGUACAGGAGGAAUGCCGGUCAUGAUCAACCCUGCGAACAGCAGCAAUAACCCUUAGAAAAGAACCAAGCCUCAUGUUGACGCUAUUUUCUUUUACAACCUGAAUAUUUUAUGAGGACUGUAAUUCCAUAGAUAUCUGUCUAUAAAAGGCUUAUGUACGAUAACGGAUAUUAACGUGAACUCUAUUUAUGUAUAAAUCACAACUGAUGUUAGGGUGGAAUUCAGGCUUCUGAUAACAUGCUUGGGUUCACAGUGGUCAGUGGGCGGUGCUUAACUCCUAAGACCCACAAAGGGGGCGGGGCAUAACAUCUCAGAGGCACAGGGGGCGUAGCUUAACAUUCAGAGCCACAGGGGGCGGUUCAUAACAUAUCAGAGCCACAGGGGGCGGAGCUUAACAUAUCAGAGCCACAGGGGACAGGCCGUAACAUAUCAGAGCCACAGGGGGCGGAGCUUAACAUCUCAGAGCCACAGGGGGCGGAGCUUAACAUCUCAGAGCCACAGGGGGCGGAGCUUAACAUCUCAGAGC